UGCCAGGGAAGAGGGAGGGAGUUUUGGGUGCUGGGGUGGCUCCUGUGCCGAUGCUCCAGGGCCCUGGGGGGUUUUAGCUGAUUUCUUGGUGCCUCUCUAAGCUGUUUGUGAAGUUUAUCUCAAGUUUUUACUGUCUCUGCUGCGAAAAGCACCUCCUGCGCUCCAAUUGAAGAUGAAAGAUGAAAUUGCUGCCACGGUUUUCUUCAUCACAAAGCUGGUGAAGAGGGAGGACAGGCUGAGCAAGCACAAAAUGGAGAAGUUUGCAGCCAAGCUGACCACGCUGCUGUUUGAAAAGUACAAAAACCACUGGUACCUGGACAACCCCUCCCGAGGCCAGGCCUUCAGGUGCAUCAGGAUCAACAAGCACCAGGCUCGGGAUCCCCUGCUGGAGCGGGCGUGUGUGGAGAGCGACGUGGACUUCAACCUGCUGGGGCUGCCCAAGGAGAUGACGCUGUGGGUGGAUCCCUUCCAGGUGUGCUGCAGGUACGGCGAGAGGAGCCGGCCCUUCACCGUGGCACACUUCGAUGGCGAGGAGAACCCCGAGCUGCCCCAGCAGAUCAGCCUGGCCGUGGGCAGGGCAGCCCUGGAUUAUCACUCCAGCACCUCCUCGGAUGAGGAGAGCUUCAGCAAGGAGCCCAGAGCCAUCCCCACCGUCAGCAACCCCAACAGCAUCUACCAGUUUGGUGACUUCUGCAAGGCUCCCCCCCAGCCCUGGUGGCAGUACCUGCACAGGAAGCCCCCCGUGGCCGAGGGCUCCCACUUUGGCCAGCACAGGGGCUACAGGACCUACAGACCCACGGCCACCUUCGCCGGCCCACGCGUGGACAGGUACCACUGGAUCAACACCAAGAGGAAUUGAGUGCUUCUAUAUUCUGCUGCUGUUCCUGGAAACCCUGACUCUGGGAUUUUGCAGCAAUAUUUCUCCUCAGCACUUGGAUGUGGCCAAAAAUGUCAUUUCCUGCAGCCAAAAUCUUGUCACUUCCAUCCCUGCACUGCUCUCCCUCCUGAUUUAAUGAGCCUUUGGGAUGGAGAGGAGAAACUCUGGAAUUAAGGCCGAAAUAGAGAUUUCCCCUGGGCUGGAGCCAACCGCGGAGUUCUGAGCAUCACAACUUUCUGCCCUGGGCUAUCUCCUCCUCCAAAGCAUUGAUUCGCUUCGCCAAACUCUCCUUCUCCAAGCUGGUUAUUUCCAGCAGCUGGAGCACGGCCUGGAGCAGUGGGAUCAGUUUUUGGGGGAUGGACUCCCCUGGAUCACUUGGGAUUUCACGGCUGCCAUAAAUCCUGGGGCUCCCAGGGAAAGGCACCUGGAACAGCACACAGGCUCUGCUGAGCAUCAAAAAUGGGAUUUUAUAAACUCAAACCUCCCGCCAUCCCCGGCCUUUUCUUGUAAAACUUAAAUUUUGGAUGAAUAACAGAUUGUCCCAAAGCCAAGAAAUGCUGCAGCAAUUUAAAAACCUUUUUUUAGUGGUUAUUGUCCCAAACUCUCAGAGCUUGUCACACCCUCCAAGUUAACAGAAAUGUUGCAAAUAUAAUCUGAAUAUUAACUUAUAUUUAAUGUCUUUCUUUGUUAUUUUGCUCUGAUCCUCUGCACUUUUUGGGUGUCACCUCUUGUUUACGGACAAAUUGUUUUGCAGCCUGUAAAAUAUUAAAUAUCUGCUGCACUAAAAGUGACAUUUUACGUGGCUGUGCCUAAAAUUUCUAGAAGAGAAUUCUGUUUCUUAUUCUGUGUGUAAAUUCAAUUCACCAUCCCAUGAAUAAAAGUGAUUUGUUAUUCCAU